AUGUCCACCCCCCUCCCUCCACACUCACAGUCUGACACCACCAUCACCGUCCCCUUCCCCGUCAGCCUCGCCCUCCACCCCAUCAUCAACGGCAUCACCCAGCUCAAAUUUCUGGGGAGCGCUUCAAACGAAACCUGGGCGGAUAUUGUCGAACUUGUACGCAUAUGCCGUAUGGCCUGGGACCCAACCGUCAAUGUUAAAGCUACUCUAGAUGAUUGGACUCGCCUUACCUUUGGCCUUGAUGCGGACUCUAUUGGCAUGGAUCGUACAGUUUGGAAUGGCACCGGGUUUGCUGGCCAGUACCCACCUGAGGUUGCAAGAAGAUACGAGGGAAUCGACACGACUCCCGAUGAUCUUCUUUUGUGGUUCCACCACGUCCCUUAUACCCACCGCGUACACUCUGUCAAAAUUAGGAAAGGCGACACGAUUAAGAUUGUUGGCAAACCGAACGGGCCAGAGCUCGCUCCCAUUGAUUAUAUCGUACUUCUGCCGAAGGGGAUUAUCGACUAA